AAAUGAAGGGCGGAGCCUAGGGGGGUGGGAGGACUUCCGGGUUCUCACGUGUAGUGUGGGGGCGGGGUGACGCCUGGGAGUUGCAGCCAGCCCUGGGCGAGGCCUUUCUGCGCGCGGGGACCCUAGCCCUUGGGGGGACCCCCCCCCAUAAUCCAGUGCUGUAGGAAGAGGGGGGCCUGAGCGCCCCCCCCAAUGAGGUCAUGGACAGCAGUCUGGGUCCUUGGAGGGGUAACAGUGAUUCCACUGAGCACCUGUGCCCCACCCCAGAGGCAGUCAGGAGGCAGCAGGGCUGAGCAGGUUCCCUGUGCCUGACUGAGCCCAUCAUGGCGCAUGAGAGCCUAUAUGGGAACUGGAUGGGCAAGUCACGGCUCAUGGGCCGGAAGGGGCCACACAAAGAACUUCCCCCUGUGCCCAGCAAUGACGAUGAUGACUAUGAGAACGCGGGCAUGGAGGAGGGGACUCGGCGCCCGCCCCCAAAACCCCCCGGGCCCAAGGGCAAGGCAGGAGUCCCCCGACGCAAGGGACAAAGGGCAGCAGCCCCAGCCUCAGCUCCAACUCUAGCUCCAGCUCCAGCUCCAGCCCAGCCUCCCCAUGACGGCCCCACAGCCACCCCAACCAGGCCCCCCCGAGAUGGUCCCAGAGCCACCCCAAUCAGGACCCGUCAAGACAGUGUACGGUGCCGCUCCCGACACUCCCUGGUGAUGUACACACUGCUGGGCAUCUGCCUGCUCACAUGCACCGCCGUCUUAACAUUCGUCCUUGUGAAUCAGCCCGCAACCCGGCAGGAGCUGCAGGCGCAAGUUUCCCCUCGGCCCAUGAAUGGCUCCCAGGAGUGGGAGGACUGGGCCUCCGUCCGCGCAGACCUGGAGAUUGCGAUGGCGGCUCUACAGGAUGCCCUGGAGGCGCUGGAGCACCGGGUGUCGGAGGCACUGGCAACAGCACGGCAGGACCGUGAGGGCACCCAGCAGCAGAUCAAAGCCUUCCAGGAAAUGCUAGACACGGUGUGCCAGCAGUGCCCGCGGGGCUGGGCCUGGUUCCAGCGAACCUGCUACUACUUCUCCACGGCUGUGAAGACGUGGCCUGAGGCCAAGGUGUUCUGUGCUGAGCACGGCGCCCACCUUGUCAUCAUCAACACGGAGGCGGAGCAGGACUUCGUGGUGGAGACGGCAGCUGGGAAGCGCGGACACUGGCUGGGGCUGAGCGACCAAGACACCGAGGCCAAGUGGCUCUGGGUUGACGGGACCUCCCUGACCCUCAGCUUCUGGAGCUCAGGGGAGCCCAACAAUGCGGGCACCGAGAACUGCGUGACAAUGCUGCCCGACGGGCGCUGGAACGAUUUACACUGCUACAAAACCGACUACUGGAUCUGCGAGAUGCACUGGCUCUGCUAAGAGGGGAGUGCUGGGAGCUGGCUUAGAGUCCCCUCAGGAUGUCCUAUGCCUCAGUUUCCCCUCCUGCCCUUAGGGGACUCAGGGGCUGCCCCUCCCUGGGUCCUUACCAGCCUCUUUGCCCCCUCCAGAUACCGUUGCACACCUCCCUUCUUUCUGUGGGAUGGAGGAAAACAUGGGGAGCACCUGCCUUGGUGGUGCUGGGGUGCAGAUAUGGAGGGCUUCCCCCUUUCUGAGGGACCUGGGGGUACUGGGUGGGUGCUGGAAGACUGUCAGCAGGGGUGGUGGGGCUUGUGACUCCUUGAGGGAAUCCAGGCAUCCGGCCAUGACCUGGCCUGUCCCCACCAGGCCUCUGCACCCUGUCCCGAAGCCGGGGGCCAUAUCUUCAUUGCGCUCAUUAAAGCUAAUGAAGCUAA